AUGAGCACACGCACCGAAGAUCCUCAAGCACCUUUGGCUCCACGUCAAAGCGAGCCAGGAAUAGUGACUGGUGAAUCUGGAACAUGUGUUGUUUCAGUUGUUUUUGCCAAUGAGUUAGAAGUCACGCUGUCAGUCAACGAUCCCAUCUCUCUGCGCAUUUUCCGAGUUACUCAAGCAGCCAUUGCAUCCCCCUGUGAUCCGCCCUUUUCAUCUGGCGCGUCGAUGGGACAGAAACAAGCCCGAUCUGCAAGUCAUGGCGGGCAGAAUAACCGGUCUAUGCCACCAACAGCACCCAGCCUACACACCCGCCCACCCACACCCAUCCCACUCCCAGAACCCGCACACCACCCCAGCCAGCCCCCAGCAGCCCUCCAGCCCAUCCAGCACCCGCCCUAUGCACGCUCAGCAUCCCACUGCUCCAUGCCCACCCAGCCGCCCCUCGCACGCCUUGCACCUACCAGAUCCUCCGAACACACCCCCAUCAGCCCCACCAAACACGACUGCUUCGACGACCAGCUCGCACGCCAUGCCCAGCGCUCCAACCGCGACCACCCCAGGCGCAGAGUCUCCGGCCCCAACAACGACGUCCAGGGCGGCGUGCUCGUCGGAAACCUCAUCGGCGAGGGCCACGUCAACUACGUGCUCAUGUACAACAUGCUUACCGGCAUCCGCAUCGGCGUCUCGAGGUGCCAGGCUAAGGUCCGCAGACCACUCACCGAUGCCGACUACACCGCCCGCCACAAGUUCACGUUUGAUGUGGUCGGCAACGAGCUGACACCGUCGGCCAAGUACGACUUCAAGUUCAAGGACUAUGCCCCCUGGGUCUUCCGCGAGCUGCGCGAAUACUUCCACCUCGAUCCAGCCGACUACCUCCUGUCGCUGACGGCGAAAUACAUCCUCUCCGAGCUCGGCUCGCCCGGCAAGUCGGGCUCGUUCUUCUACUUCAGCCGGGACUACCGCUUCAUCAUCAAGACCAUCCACCCGGCAGAGAACAAGUUCCUGCGCUCGAUCCUCAAGGACUACCACGAGCACGUCAAGGCCAACCCGCACACGCUGCUCUCGCGCUUCUACGGGCUGCACCGGGUCAAGCUGCCCCGCGGGCCCAAGAUCCACUUCGUCAUCAUGAACAACCUCUUCCCCCCACACCGGGACAUCCACGAGACCUUCGACCUCAAGGGCUCCGCCGUCGGCCGCGAGUAUCCCGAGGAGAAGGCCAAGGCCGGCUCGGUGCUCAAGGACCUCAACUGGAUCCAUCGCGGGCGCAAGAUCGAGCUCGGGCCGACCAAGAAGGGCCUCUUCGAGGAGCAGCUCAAGCGCGACACCUCGCUCCUCCAGCACCUCGGCAUCAUGGACUACAGUCUGCUCAUCGGGCUCCACGACAUGGCCCGGGGGAACAGCGAGGGGCUGCGGGACGACCAGCUGCGGGUCUUCCAGCCCGUCGCCGACGGCCAGUCCCCCGCCGCCGCCCAGCCGCUCUCGAACUCCUCCCUCGUCGGCGCCGCCUCGGCCUCUUCGCACCCGGCCGCCGGGCCGAGCACGGCGUCGCCCCCGGGCGGGGUGGUCGUCCCGGCGGUGGUCCCCGGCGUCGGGAGCACGGGGGUCUCGCUGGGCGGCGGGGGAAGCCUGCACCGGAAGAGCACGACGACGAAGCGCGGGCCCCCCGCGGCGUCCGGCUCGGGGGCGCCCGCCGCGGCGUCCGAGCAGGAGCUCGCCGCCUCCGCCCUGCGCAAGGCCAUCCACUCCUCCGACCCCCAGAUCUUCGCCCAGUACGCCCACAGACUGCCCGCCAAGGACCGCUUCAUCGAGAAGAAGAAGUUCAUCUUCUACCAGGACGAGGGCGGCUUCAUGGCCUCCGACGACGCCAACGCGCCCCUGCCGGUCAUCUACUACCUCGGCAUCAUCGACAUCCUGACGCCGUACUCGUUCGUGAAGAAGUUCGAGCACUUCUGGAAAGGCAUGUCGCACGACAAGGAGAUGAUCUCGGCGGUCCCGCCGGGCGAGUACGGCGACCGGUUCCUCAACUUCCUGUUCUCCGUCAUCCGCGGCGGAGACCCCUCCCUCCGGCCCCGCAUGCACGUCAACCCCCCCGCGCCCUUCCGCUUCCCUCCCCACCCCGUCGCCGCCGCCGUCCCCUCUUCGCUCUCCUCCGGCUCUGGUGCGCUUCACUCCCAGCACGCCAGCUCGACUCCCACCCCCGCGCCGCAGCGCACCCAGCACCCGGGGGCGCCCCAUCCCUAA